UUUUUUUGUAACAAAGGGGCGUAAAUCUUACCUUGCCUACAAUCUACCGUUGACAUGAAGACAAACCUUUUCUUACCAAUCUUUACAUUUUAUGGCAAUAAAUAGAUUCCAAGCAAAUGACAACAAUCAUGGCGACAGUGCGACGUUUGAUUCUGCGAAAAAAACGAUGUAUUUUUAUUUUGGUUGCGGGAUGCUUAAUAUGUGCAAUAACAUCUUGGUUUUUCACAUAUCAAGCUUAUAAAGAUAUGAGGGAUGGAUCCUCCCUUGUCCAUAUGCCGCACCAGCUUACAGCACGACCAAUAGAACCUAAGUUCAAUGUGCUAGAGCCUCCAAAAUCUGAUGGCAAAAUAACAAUCAGCGAAAACCAUCACAUAGCUAGAACGCAGACAGCCACUAUUAAGACUACCGUAUCCGUUAGAGCAUUGCUAGUGAAAUCUCCACUGUCCAUACACAAUUCCACCCUGUCUUCCCAGAAAAAUGUGACAGAAGACAUAGAGGUCAAGAAAAAUAAAACACUCUCUCAGAUUGGUCUUCUAGGGCAUAAAGAGAAUGAGAAAAAUAUCACUAAAAUUGUUUUCCACAAAAUGAAAUGGAACUUAUCUGUGUCGUUUGAAGACAUUGGAAAUCUCAUGAAAGACACAGCAUUUCUUAACAAACUAAAACCACUCAAUUUGAGCGGCCCAAUGCUGACAAGCUCAAGAAAUAGAACUUCCAACUUUAGUUUGUCAAUGCCUAUAAAGAUGGGCUACUGUGACUGUUGGGAGCGGUACUGCUUCUGUUGUGUUCAGCUUGUCAAUGAAAAGCUACACUUGAACAACAAGACGUGUACUAAUUUUACUUUUAGUUCAAAAUCACACGAACUAGAUAUUUCAUUUAGAAUUGACAAUAAAACUGUGUACAAAGGAAGUAUAUCAGCUGAUGCUCCACCACUGUUAUGCAUUGGCUCAGUCCCAUCAGUUGCUGAUAUCUGCAUUCAUUUUUUCAACAUGCUGUACCGUGUGGACAGACUAAUGUUACACAAAAGUCAGAUUUUAGGUUGUAUGGGCGUUAGCCUCAAUAUAUACAACAAGACUGUCAGCAUAUUUCCUAUGGACUGUUUUCAAAUACCUGGCGAUCCCAAUCAUCAUCAUGCUAAAGAAAAUAUGAUUUUGCCAAACUUUGUACCUUGAAAAAGUUACAGUGUAUUAGUUCAGCUUGUUCAACAAAAAGUAUUAACAUUCAUAUUGAUCUGGAAGCAUACUCUAAUAGUUCAUCUCUUGUUGUGAACAAAAUAAUAAUAAUAAGACAUUGUCUUCGAUUGAUUUAUGUCAAUGACUUUAUAAAUAUGUCUUUCAUCCUUUUUGUUCAUUUUAUUAAUGCAAUAAUAAAACAUUAAGAUUAGAUCGGACACUGGGUUUUUUAUAUCUGAAAGUGUUUGAUUUUUCUCUUUCUUUGUGAUCAUUGAAUAUCUUGUGACCCUAUUAACAUUACUGAGAUAUAGCUACAGUAUUAUGGAAUUAUAUCUCUACAACGACUUUAAAAUAUUCGCUCAAGGUAAAGCAAUCUCAGUCAGCCUAGAACUAAAUAGCUGUUGUUGUUUUUUUCUUUACUUUGUAGAUUAAGAUUCCAAAUUUAAGGUUAUGAUUAUCAGCAUAGGAUUUUUAAAAAUUAAUUUUGUGUUUAUCGUGAUACUGUCAUGAUGUUUUUAUAUUUCACUUUUAAAUAAAAUUUAUAUUGUUUUUGCUGUUUAUUUUUUUAAAUGGUUCUGGGUUGGUUCACAGUUUUCUUUAUUACAAACCAACUAUUUUCUAUGUUGAUCAUUCAGUUAUUUGUGCACAGUAAAUGGCUUUAGUGUAUUAAUAAUUUGUAUUGUCCUACUUGUUUUUAGGGGUAUUUAUCGUUUUCAAUUUCCCUACAGUAGUCAUAGGAAAAAAAGACUGGCUGAUAGUGUUGAAAGUUAAAGAUGAUAGUGUUGAAAUGUAAAGUUGAUAGUGAGGGAAUGAGAACCUUGGCAUCUUUUUUUGUUUAUUGAAGAUAUUGCUAAAUAUCUACUUUUCAAAUGAGGCCUAUAGAAGGAAUUUGUGGGAAAAAAUUAAUUGCGAUGUAUUGUUUGUAUUUUAGCAUUUACAAAUAUUUAAUAAGAAAUGAACCCUUGGGAUUCAACUUCAACUUGUCCAGUUACCUCCACAUUCUCCUGCCUAUUCCCCUUUCAUUUUUUUUUAUUUUGUAAAUGUCCAACAUGAAGAAAUAAAUUAUUUGAUUGGAACAAUACAAUGUUUGCAAUUUUUGAUUGCAUCAUUCUAAUUUACUUCAUUAAUGGACAUUUAAAUAAAAUAAUCUUUAUAAUCCAUAAGGAAAUUUGUCUUACAAUUAGUGCAUUACACCAAACAAAACAUUAUAACUAUAGAAAACAAAAUAUUCAUUCACACCAGAUUACUCAAAAGUUACAUGUGAAAUGUUUAUAUCAGAUAGUGGUAUUGUAUUUAAUGAUUUGAUUGCCAGGGGAACAAAGGAGUUUUUGUCUCUGUAGGCGAUGUUUUAUAUCUCCUUUGUGAUAUAAAUUCCAGUUCCAGAGGUUUUUUUGUGUUUUUUUUUUAUUUCUAAAAUCUUUUAAGCUUUCUUAUAAAUUUUUUUAUCAAACAGUGUACUGUCUUAAAAAUGGCAUAAAAAUAUUAAUGUUUUAAGUAAUUUUACUAUCAUGUAAUCGAAAAAAAAUAUUUUGUUUAUUUUAUUUUUUUACAUUUUCUCUCUCUCUAUUUGAAGAUAUUGAUAGAAUUCACAUAUUUCAUAUCUAGUUAUUUUUAGUUUGCAGGCAGUUAUUGGAUGCUUUGAAUCCUCAAGAAUAAAAGGAUAAUAAUAGCCCAGAAGUGAUAAACCAAACAAACAAAAAAGUGUCCUUUAAUUAGCAUAUCAAAUUGUGUUAAGAUAAAUUCAGUGUGUCCAACUCUGUGGCAAGUUUUAACCAAUUCACAAAUAUCAAAUUUGUUCUUCUUAACUGAAAAAUACUGUUUAUUCCAUGUCUUUCUUGAUUGUAUUCUAUUCAGUCUCAAUAAUGAAUCUAACCUAAACAGUCAUUUUUUCCUGUCUAAACUAACCUUUUUGACUCUGUAGAUUAUAUAAUACCAGUAAACAUAAACAUUUCCUAAUUCUACAAGCUAUGUACCCUGACAACUGAAAGAAAAUGUAUGUAUCUAGGUUCAAUGAGCAUGAUAGCCUGUGUGAGAUACUUUCUUUUCAUUGACAUCACAUUAAAUAAUGAUAUUAAUUUUCUUAAUAGGAAAAAGCAAGACCAAAUAUAAGGGGCAUAUAUUGUCAUGCUGUAUGUCAAGUUGUCUUUGUAGAUAUUCUGUAUACAAUUAUCCUUAAUUUACUUUUACAUGUAGACUGUCUUCUAAAUGUUCGAGUGAUGUCUACAUGCCUGUCCCUCCCUUCUCCUCUUCUUGCUUGUUCCAACAGCAUAAGAGGAGGAUCCUUAAAUGUACAGGAAUAUAAAGUGUUUGCUUGUGGUUAGGUUUCAUGAAAUAUGUGUGUUGUUUCUGCCAAUGAUUUAAAGGACUUUCAUCUUUCACAGAAUGUAGAACAUCAGCAAGUGUAGUUGAAUGUAUUCUUCAAGUCUUCUUACUUAACAAGUGGCUUGUUUGUCCUUAUCAAAUGAAUUAAUAAAUGUAUUUACCAUACACUAAACAAAUGGAGAUAAAAGUGUUUAGGUAUGAACAAAUAUUGUUAUUUUGUAAGCCAUGAAUGUAAUUACUUUGAGCCAGUAAUGAUUUAAUUACUCAAAAGUUUAGCUUUUUCUUGAAAUGAAACAUUAUUCUGAUUCUGGCUACAACCUUUAAAUUCUGCUAUCAGGAAAGUUGACACCUUUCUUUGUCUCUUUCUCCACUAAUUUUCUUACUUUCUUUAAGCGCCCUCUCAUCCUGUUGUGUCCACCGGAGAGUCCUUGUCAGUGUUUCUCAGUAGAUGACUCCAAACAUUUCUGUCUUCAGUACUGGGUACAUUAUUACUUUUGUGGUAGACUUUAUAUACUUCUUGUCAGCUCAGAUCAGAUUGAAUUAAAACAGAUUCUUUUUGUCAGCUAAGUUCAGAUUGCAUUAAGUCUGAAGAUUCUUAGUAUUUAUCAGAAGUUUGAAAAGUUUCAAGCUUUAUGUCAAAGAGUUGAGUUUGAAGUUCCAGCAUUCAGACAUACACUCCUCUUCAAUGGUAUUCAGUCCUUACAUAAAUCUCCAUGUACAGCCUGUCUUUUUUUUUUUUUUUUUAUUUGACACAGUAUGAAAUCUUUUUCUGCAGUAAUUCUUUGUUGAAUAACUAUUUAUUAUAAAGUUUUCUUCUGCAUAAUUUCUGCUUUUUUUUAACCUAUUAAUAUUUGCUUUCCUAUUUUAAGUUAGCUAUCCCUGGCAUUGAAUUCUUCAUUUGCCAGAAAUACAGUUUGCUAUCUCUGGUAUUGAAUUCUUCAAUUGACACAAACACGCCUUGCUUGAAACAGGAAUUACAUUUAUUCAUCGCUUUACAAUGUUAUUGGGAGCAUAUGCCACUAUACUAGAGCUAGAUGUUUUAGCGCAUUUUAAAGUACACCUAAAUCGGUUGCACUGGAGUUGUUGUGACUUCACUGAGAGUAACUUUUGAGUGACGUACAUAGUGUCCUUCUGAUCUUCUACAUUUCCUCUACAAACUUCUGCUAGUCCAACUAGCUUGCAGCACUAUUGAACAAACUGAAUAGCUUUACUUCUUUUAUUGCCUGGGUCGAGUUUCCUGUCUGCUAUAUUAUUCUUUUUUUUCUGCAAGGUACAUCUUUACUUCUAUAUUCUCCCAUCUUGCAAGCAGUGGCGUAGCUAGGGUGGGGGAGGAGAAUUUGAAAAUCCCCCCCCCCCGGGCUCCCACUUAAGGGGGGGCCCCAAAUGAGUGUUUUUUACAUUAAAAAUUAAUAUUACGCAAAAUGCAGGAGCUCCCAAAGAGGUUAAGCCCCCCCCCCCCCCCCCGGGCCUCCAAACGAUGGAAAAUGCCUAGCUACACCCCAGCUUGCAAGGAUUUCAAAUUGUACAUGUAUGUAAAGGCAUGAUUAAAAUUGAAUUCUAUUUGGUGAGACUUAGUUUGGGAAAGAACAAAGUGUUUUAUCUCUGUUCUGGGUUGUUGUUUUUUUUCAUUUUUUCACUUUAGUUUUAUGCUACACUUCUCUAUCUUGUUGGUUUAAUCUUUUUAAAACCAUCACAAUGUUAGUAAUACAAGUUAUAUGGUGUAUUGAAAAUGAUCAAUUGUAUGCAGUAAAGACUAAUGCUUGGUUUCAGUGGUAUGUGUUAGUGGUUUUUCAAAACUUGAACCUAGCAAUGUCCCAUUUAUGUAUUUACAAGGUAAAAACACUUUUAUGUAUAGAUUAUCAGGUUUAAGAAAAUGAUACUGUAGUUAAAUUUUAAAGACAUCCUUCUUCACCAUUAUAGUUAACUUGUGGAAGGUUGGUAAGGGGAGAUAACAAACAUGUUGGUUCACGUGAACAAAAAACUAUGAAAUGUAUUUUGUAUAUUAAAAAUUUAUUGUUAUGAAAUAGU